AUGACGACGAAAGUGGCGUUUCUAGGACCAGAAGGUACCUACACCCAUCAAGCCGUUUUACAGCAAUUUGGAAGUAACGAUAUCGAAAUAUCUCCACAACAAACAAUUGGUGACUGUUUUCAAGCUAUCAACACUAAUUUCGUUGACUUUGCUGUUGUUCCAUUUGAGAAUUCAACUAAUGGACAAGUUGUUUUUACUUAUGACUUACUUCGAGAUUGGUUUCUACUGCAAGAGAAGCAAUGCCAGUUCAAAAUUGUGGGUGAGCAGUUUGUAUCAAUUCAUCACAAUUUGUUGAGCAAUGGUUCGUUGGAUAGUAUCAACACGAUAUAUUCGCACCCACAGGUAUGGACCCAAGUUUGCGGGUACUUGUCCACGUUGCCAAAGAGUAUCACUCGAAUCGAUGUGGGGUCAACGUCAAAAGCAGCAGAAUUAGUCAGCGAGGACAAGACAAAUAAGUCGGCUGCCAUUUCUUCAUUAAUGAGCUCAAAACUAUACAAUUUGCCAAUUCUCAAGGCCAAUAUUGAGGAUAAUGUGAGCAAUACCACUAGGUUUCUAAUCUUGGGAUACAAGGAACCACCAGCGCAUGACACGAACAACAAAGAGGUUGAAAAAGUUACGUCAUUGAUGUUUACACUCCCUCAUGAUGACCCCGGUGCCUUAUGUGAUGUACUUGUUCAAUUCAAAGAAAAUGGAAUCAAUUUGACAUCAAUCAGCUCACGACCUGCAAAUUUACAACCUUGGCAGUAUGUGUUUUUCGUUGAAACUGUGGGCAAAAUAAACAGUGAAGUGCUCAAGAGUAUUCAAAAGUUGUGUCGAGAUGUUGCAAUCUUGGGUGAAUUUAAUCGCAAUUGGAGGUUUAGUCAGACGCCCGAAAAAGAGUAA